AUGGACAACGUUCGGGCGUAUGGCGCCGGGUUAGCAGGUGCUAAUUUCGAUAAAAACACAUUUUUCAAAAAACCAACGGUUUUGUUCCGUUGUGCAGCGUUGGUAUUCGGACUCAUACUUUGGUAUUCAGUGUCAAAGGGUGGCUGGCACAAACCAAGCGACGAAAUCCAUCCGGUGUGCCUCUACGGAAAGAGCUCGUCAACAUGCUCGUUUGCCACCGCUGUCGGCUUCUUUGCCGUAUGUGGAGCCGUCGGUCUGAUUGUGCUCGACGCGAAAAUGGAUCAAAUUAGCUCAAUUCCCACUAGACGACGAGCGGUUUUAGCAGAUUUAGUUGUAUCAGCAAUUUUCACUGGAAUCUUUCUCAUCGGUUUCUUCACAUUCUGGUCCAAACUAUCCGCCUUCGAAGUCAACGAAGGCGACGAAAAUCCAAUAAAGACUAACAACGCGAAAUUCGGAAUUCUCAGUGCUCUACUCUCGUUCUUGGCAUGGGGAGGUGCUGCUUUCUUCGCAUGGCGCCGUUACGAAGAAGGAAACCAGGCCACUCACGAACCCAAUUACGAUGAGCAGUUCGGACAGGUGUCCACUGACGUCCAAGAUGGAUAUGGCUACGGAGGGGACUCAACUGGAAUCGGACAUGUUGGAGCUGCCCCAGCCCAAUCCUCAUAUCAAUCCGGAGCUCCGCCACAGAACAUGCAAAAUAUGCAGAACAUGCAGAACAUGCAAGCUAUGCAACAACCACCAGCCAACCCAUACACCCAAUCCGAGGGAUAUGGUUAUUAA